AUGGAGGAAGAAGCAGCCAGACGUCAUAUGGUUCCUGCUGCGCGUGCGCUGCUGGCAGUACUACCAGCUGUCAGCCCUGCACCGGGCUACAAGGCCAAUCAAGGUCAUGGCAUCUACUGCAUUUGUGUUCGUCGGGGUGGCCGAAAGUGCCUGGUACCCAAGGGUGCGACCUACGGUAAACCUGUGCAUCACGGCGUCAAUCAGCUGAAGUUUGCCCGCAGCCUGCAGUCCGUGGCCGAAGAGCGUGCUGGCCGCCACUGUGGGGCCCUGAGAGUCUUGGACUCCUACUGGGUGGGUGAAGAUUCAACCUACAUAUUCUUUGAGUUUAUUCUUACCGAUCCAUUCCAUAAAGCUCUCAGACGAAACCCCGACACUCAGUGGAUCGCCAAGCCAGUGCACAGAGAGAUGCCGGGACUUACCUCAGCUGGCCGGAAGAGCCGGGGUUUUGGGAAAGGUCGCAAGUUCCACCAUACCAUUGGAGGGUCUCGUCGUGCUGCUUGGAGAAGGCGCAAUACUCUCUAA